AUGGGUCGCAAAACCUGGGAAAGCCUUCCUUAAUCCUCUAAGCCCUUAAAAGGUCGUUUAAACAUAAUUGUAUCUAAUACAAUGUAAAAGGGAUAAAUAACAAAGGAUUCAUAUGUUUAAAAUAGCUUAGACGAGGCCUUAGCUUUUGCUCAUCAAUAAGAAAAUAAUAUAAACGAGACAUUUUUAAUAGGAGGUGCAAGUUUAUGUUAAUAAGCUCUAAAUCAUAAUUUGUUAAGAUAAAUACACCUAACCCGAAUUGGAGUAGAAAAACCUUGCGACAUUUUCAUGAAAAAAGGGAAUAAAAAACAUGACAGGACUAAUACUGGAACUAUUUCUAUUUUCGGAAAAACAAUGAGAUUUGAUCUUUCUUAAAGUUUUCCUUUAUUAACUACUAAAAAUGUUUUUUGGAGAGGCGUUUUAGAAGAGUUAAUUUGGUUUAUAAAAGGAUCCACUAAUAGUAAAUUAUUAAGUGAUAAAGGGAUUAAAAUAUGGGAUGGAAACGGAAGUAGAUAGUUUUUAGAUUCAUUAGGUUUUCACAAUAGGGAAGAGGGUGAUUUAGGACCAGUUUAUGGAUUUUAAUGGAGGCAUUUUGGUGCUUAGUAUGCAGAUUUUAAGACUGAUUAUAAAGGUAAAGGAAUAGAUUAAUUAUAAGAACUUAUUGAUACAAUAAAAAAAAAUCCUGAUAGUCGAAGAUUAAUAUUAAAUGCUUGGAAUGUAAAAGACUUAAGUAUAAUGGCUUUACCACCAUGUCAUGUAAUGAGCUAAUUUUAUAUAAAUAAAGGAAAUUUAAGUUGCAUGAUGUAUUAAAGAUCAUGUGAUAUGGGAUUAGGUAUUCCUUUUAAUAUUGCUAGUUAUUCACUUUUAACUUGCAUGAUAGCUAAAUUAACAGGACUUUAACCAGGAGAAUUUAUACAUGUAUUGGGUGAUGCACAUGUUUAUUCUAAUCAUGUGGAUUAAUUAAAUAUUUAAGUUUAAAGAACUCCUUAUCCUUUUCCUCUUUUGAAAAUUAAUGAUUAGAAAAAAUUCUAAAGUAUAAAUGAUUUUACUAGUGAAGAUUUUGAAAUUGUAGGGUAUAAUUUUCAUCCUAAAUUAAAUAUGUAAAUGGCUGUUUGA